CCGUACGGGACGUUGGCCACUCGGUAUCUCUCUACCACAUGCAUCUUUCCUCCUUCAGGCUCGAGCGUUGGGGCUGUACAGAACACAUGGCGAACAGGCGGCGAGCUGAACCCCGUCCGGCAUACCCUUAGCGGAUCCGAAGCUCUGGAAUGCCACAGCCAAUUUGGUUGGAACUAUCAAGAGUCCCACGAAUCGACUCUUCUGUUGGCCGAAGCGUAGGAGUGCAAAGGGGCGUUUGCUUUGCACAGGAUUUCGGAAUAAUGGAAUAUUGAUGUAUCACCAGCCCCUCCGAGACAUGUCCCGAGACAGCAGGGCAGCUUCAGAGCCGGUGACCUGCGACGGCCUCACGAUUGAGGCUCUCCCCAGAAAGCGUACCUCUCUUGUCGUUCCCAAACUACCGACAUCCGCGACAAGGGAAGAGACCGAAGAAGGGAACGAAAUGCCCGGUUCUGGGCAAGAAGCAGCUCAUAUUCUUUCGGAUGAGCAAGCCGGGCAAGCCUCCUGUCCCACAAGCCGAACGUGCAUUGCCGCGUCGUUCAUCGAUCGUUUGACCAUCGGCGCUGGCUUAUCUGCAAGACCUGUGGCGGCGUUGACUUGGCAGCCGAGCAAUGGACGGAGCUGUUCCGUCCUCUUUGCAGUGACCCUUGCUGAAAACCCUUCUAGAAACAUGCUAAUCUCUGACAGACCAGGGCUCAAAACGAUCAGGGCAGCCGAGGUGGAACUUCUCCAUGACGCAUUCUCGACGAGCGUAUGCAUUGUACAAUCUCUACUUACAGUCUGUUCUCGGUUGAGUUGGUUGAGAAAAGACUGUACUUGUAAACGUGUACUGUGACCCUCACGAGGAGCGAUCACAAAAUUCCUAGGGUCUAAGACCCGGCAACGGAUACCAAAUUGAGCCAUCCACAAAGCCGAAUGGAUUCUCAUUGUCAUCAGACGUGAAGGCUUGUGUCUCUAGGCGUCGCAGUUCAUCAAUCAACUUUGUGGGAGCAGCUGGAAUAGCUCCUGCUGUGCGAUGAUGCGCACAACUUCGGACUCGGGUUCUUUCGGUAAGUCAUACGC